UGUAGGUAUGGCGCCCGCGAGGAAGCCGAGAGGCGGCGGGAACCCACGUCAGGGUCCCGCCUUGUGCUGACUGCGACCUUGGUCCGAGUGGACUAUGGGGGAUCCCGGCUCUCUGGUCACGGAAGGCCGCGCGGGUGAACGGAGCUGGUGCUUGCGGCGAAUAGGGAUGAACGCCGAGUGGCUGCUGCUGGAGGAUGGCAACGAGGUGACUGUAGGGCGAGGAUUUGGUGUUACAUACCAGUUGGUAUCAAAAAUCUGCCCUCUGAUGAUUUCCCGAAACCACUGUAUUUUGAAGCAGAAUGCUGAGGGCCAGUGGACAAUUAUGGACAACAAGAGUCUAAAUGGUGUCUGGCUGAACAGAAAACGUCUAGAACCUUUAAAGGUCUAUUCUGUCCAUAAAGGAGAUCACAUCCAGCUUGGGGUACCUCUGGAUAAUAAGGAGAAUGCAGAGUAUGAAUAUGAAGUUACUGAAGAAGACUGGGAGAGGAUUUAUCCUUGUCUUUCCCCUAAAAGUGACCAGAUGAUGGAAAAAAAUAAGGGCUUGAGAACUAAAAGGAAAUUUAAUUUGGAUGAAUUAGAGGGUUCUGGAGCUGAAGGCCCCUCAAAUUUGAAAUCCAAAAUAACUAAAUUGUCUUGUGAACCUGGUCAGCCAGUGAAGUCACAUGGGAAGGGUAAAGUGGCCAGUCAACCUUCUGAAUAUUUGGAUCCUAAGUUGACUUCUUUUGAGCCAAGUGGGAAGACCACAGGGGCUCAUGUUAACCCAGGCCCUGCAAAAGUUAUAGAGCUUCAUCAUAAGAAGAAGAAAGCCUCAAAUCCUUCAGCAUCUCAGAGCAACUUAGAGCUGUUUAAGGUAACCAUGUCCAGGAUCCUAAUGCUGAGAACACAGAUGCAGGAAAAACAGGUAGCUGUUCUGAAUGUGAAAAAGCAGACCAAAACAGGGAGCUCAAAGAAGAUUGUGAAAAUGGAGCAGGAACUGCAGGAUUUACAGUCCCAGUUGUGUGCGGAGCAGGCCCAACAGCAGGCCAGAGUGGAGCAGCUGGAGAAGACCAUCCAGGAAGAGCAGCAGCAUCUCCAGGGUUUGGAGAAAGAGGAAGGCGAAGAGGACCUGAAGCAGCAGCUGGCCCAGGCUCUGCAGGAGUAUCGGUCGCUGAUGGAAGAGCUAAAUCGCAGCAAGAAGAACUUUGAAGCAAUCAUUCAAGCCAAGGACAAAGAAUUGGAGCAGACCAAGGAAGAGAAGGAGAAGGUGCAAGCACAGAAGGAGGAAGUUCUUAGCCACAUGAAUGACGUGCUAGAGAACGAGCUCCAGUGUAUUAUUUGCUCAGAAUACUUCGUUGAGGCCGUCACCUUGAACUGUGCCCAUAGUUUCUGCUCCUACUGUAUCAAUGAGUGGAUGAAGAGGAAAGUAGAAUGCCCCAUUUGUCGGAAGGACAUCAAGUCCAAAACCCGCUCCCUGGUUCUGGACAAUUGCAUUAGUAAGAUGGUAGACAAUCUGAACUCAGAAGCGAAAGAACGACGAAUUGUCCUCAUCAGGGAACGAAAAGCCCUUCAGCAAAUAUCAGCCUCUUUGAAUCAGGCCAGAAAUCUGAUGCUGACUUGUAAGCAGCUGUAGUAUGGAAUUGGCCCUUGGUUGGUGAGCCAUUGCAGGGGCAGCAGACCGAUCACAGGGUAGGUGUUGAGCCUGUUUUGCCCAAGGAAGACAUUCUGACCUUUGGGAGGGUAGGGCAGCUCUCAGGUGGUUCUUUGAAAUCAAAGUAUGUUCUGCUUUUUUGACAAUUCUGUGCUAUUGGACUUUGUGCCCAGUUUUGAGUCCCCAUAGGUGAUGUUUUUUUUAACCUCCUAGGAGCCACUUGAUUCUGGCAGCAUCCAUUGCUGUUUCUUUCCACCUCUCAUCAGUCCUUAACCAUUUAUAGGAACAUUACACUAGGCAUUGGAAUAAAGAGAUAAGGUAUUAUCUCAGCUCUCACAAUCUGUGGAGGAGACAGAAAAGCAAGUAGGUAGUGUGCAAGUUCCAUAAUAGGGUGCUGAAAAACUGCAGAGGA